AUCGGUCACGAAAAAUAAUAAGGAACCCUACGCGCGACAAUUUCGCAUGCAUAUUUAAUAAUAUUUUGCACUAUAAACUCGAUUAAGAACCACAAACUGCAUAAAACAACGCCAAAAUUAGUUGAAUUAAUUAUCAAAGAAAUGUUUAACGUUUACUUGAUAAGGAAAUUUCGAAGAAAAUAAGUGAAAAAGAAGUUAAUUAAAAAAUCAUUUUUCCGCAUUAUAAGGAAAAAAAUAAAAUAAAAUAAAAUAAAAGCUGUGAAAGUGAGAAAGUCGGAAGGAUAAAAAAAUCGUGCUACAAACAAUAAUUGUUUGUCCUUUAUAUGCUUAAAUUUAAUGAAAAAAGCAUAUUAAAAAAAAAUCAAUUAUUGAAAUUAUUAGCUAAAGUAAUAGUCAAUAGUGCUUAACUAGUUGUAAUUUGAAUUCUCAAAACCAAAAAAAAAAGUCAAAGCGACAGCAAAAAAAUUUAUAUUAGAUUCGAAUUUAAUUAUACUCACUGCUAAAACUAAGCUGAGAUAGAAGAUCGCAAAAAAACUUUACAAUCAUAAGGAAUAGCAGCAGUAAAAUAGCAAACAUUUCGUACAAACGAAAUUAAUCAUGACAAGCAAUUCAAAUGCAACACAUUUGCCAACAACAGAUGCAACGAAGGGUGCUGGUGUGAUUGUUGGAGGUGGUGUCUUGCGUAAUGCCAAUAAUGGACAUGAAAUGGCGCCAUUGAAUACACGAGCCCGUGGAGAUGGACAUCAUGGAGUUACAAUUGUACUCUCACCACCACAAAGACGGUCGAUUAGUUCACUUAGUGCUCCAGGGGGUGAUGAUCCAACUCGUGCUGCAUGGUCUGGAAAAAUGCAAUUUUUCCUCAGUAUCAUUGGAUAUUCUGUCGGUCUUGGUAACAUUUGGAGAUUUCCCUAUUUAUGUCAACAGAAUGGAGGCGGAGCUUUCUUGAUCCCAUUUAUGAUCAUGUUGGUAUUAGAGGGAAUUCCUCUAUUUUUAAUCGAGUUGGGCAUAGGUCAACGAAUGAGGUUGGGAUGUCUGGGUGUUUGGAACACUAUUCAUCCGUGGCUGGGAGGCAUUGGAAUUUCAUCUUGUAUCGUGACGCUGUUUGUUGCUAUUUAUUACAAUGUUAUUAUUACAUGGUGUAUUUACUACUUUAUAAAUAGUUUUCGAUACCCUUUGCCAUGGUCCGAAUGUCCUAGAUUGGGACCGAAUAAUACAUUUGUCGACGAAUGUUUAAGGUCUUCUGAAACUGAGUAUUUCUGGUAUCGUGAUACACUGGAUGCAUCACCAAGUAUAGAUGACAAUGGUGGAUUUAAGUGGUGGAUUAUAAUCUGCCUCAUAUUGGCAUGGCUCGUGGUAUUUUUCAUUGUAAUGAAAGGUAUUCAGAGCUCCGGAAAGGCUGUGUAUUUUACAUCGCUCUUCCCUUAUUUAGUACUGACAAUAUUUUUCGUUCGAGGAAUAACGUUACCCGGUGCUGGUGCCGGUUUAAUGCAUAUGUAUAAGCCAAAAGUUGAAAUGCUUUUAUUGCCGAAUGUUUGGUUAGAUGCUGCAACGCAAGUUUUCUAUAGUUUUGGACUAGCUUUUGGUUCACUCAUAGCAUUUGGAAGUUAUAAUACCCCAAAGAAUAAUUGCGUUAGGGAUGUUCUUCUUGUGUCACUCUGUAAUGCUUUUACAGCAAUCUACGCAUCAGUUGUAAUAUUCGCCAUUUUGGGUUUCAAGGCUACAAAGAAUACAGAAUCUUGUAUUGACGUGAACCGACAACUUUUACUGAAUCAUCAUUUGACAAAUGACACAAAUCUUCUGGAUGAUGCUGUUACAAACAUGGUUAAUCAAUUAAAUUCAACAAACUCGACAAGUAUUAAGGAUUGGGGACUUCAAAUUUGUAGUCUAGAAGAUAAUCUCUCAAAAGCCGCUGAAGGAACUGGAUUAGCUUUCAUCAUAUUUACACAAGCAAUUGUUGAAUUACCAGGAUCAACUAUCUGGGCAGUUCUUUUUUUCACAAUGCUGUUGGCAUUAGGAUUAGGAUCACAAAUUGGAAUGUUAGAAGGAAUGCUCUGCACAAUAUUCGAUAUCGAUAUCUUCAAGCGUGUACGCAAGCCAAUUUUAACGGGAGUCGUCUGUCUGUUCUGCUUCAUUGUCGGUCUCAUUUUCACAACUGGUGCUGGCGAAUACUGGCUUAAAAUGUUUGAUUCAUUUGCUGGUACAUUGGGAUUGGUGGUUGUGGCAUUUAUGGAAAUGAUUGCUGUUAUUUAUGUCUAUGGUCAUAAGAAAUUCACAGAAGAUAUUUAUCAAAUGACUGGAUAUAGACCUGGAUGGUAUUGGCAACUAACAUGGAGAUAUAUUGGACCUGGAUUAAUGAGUAUCUUACUCGUCGCAUCUGUUUGGGGUUACAUUAAGGAAGUGCCAAAAUACAAAGCUUGGGACGCAGUACUUGGCAAAGGUGUAGAGCUUCAUUAUCCAAACUGGGUCAUGGCUAUUGCUUUGGGAAUGAUAUUUGCAGGGAUUCUACCAAUGCCACUCGUAUACUUGCUCCGUCGAUUCCAAAUUCUCAAGGUUGAUCUUGACAUUCAUCAAGGCUCAAUUCGUCGUAAUGAGACAACUGCUUCAACAAAGGAGAUGAUUGAUCAAGAUGAUGACGCAAUGAGUCCCGAUAUGCCUCUUCCGCCAGCUUCUUCACUCGCAGCAACGCGAUUUACGAUUGGAGAUUUCGAUAAAUUAUAAUUUGGAUAUGAAAAAAAAAGUUUUAAUAAUCAUUAAUGGAUACUUUAUUGAAAGUUAUAGAGGAAUGAGGAUGAUGAUAUGAAGGAAAUCAAGAUACGUCAAAAACAUUACUAAUUCAUCUGUGUGUAGUUUGGAUUCCUAUAUAUUCUUUACAAUAAGAAUUAUAUUCAAACAAAAUUAUAAAUGUGUGUGUACAUAGAACAAAAAGCAGAUCUACAAAAAAAUACACUUAACAAAAUCAUUACUAAGUCACAGUUUAAUCAGCAAUUAUGUCACGUGAUUACAACAAUGUGCCUGCAUCCAUAAAUCAGAGAAAAACAGAACGAGGCAUUCAAAAUUUUUCCAAGUGACGACACACCAUUAUUAAAAUUCACACAGAACAGAUUUUUUUUUAGUCUCUCGAUGAAAAAAUAAUUAACGAAAUGCUCAAAAAUUAAAGAAUUGUAUAGAAUUAAGACAUAAAGAAUAAACCGCGCAGCAAAACAAAAUGAAAAAGAAAAAAAUGUUGAAAUUGUUUUGUCCCAAAAAAAAAUUAUAAAAUAACGAUUGACAAUAUCCUUGCUAGAUAUUAACAUAAUACGGAUGAUGAUGACUACGGAAAUGGAAAGACGAGAAUUGGAGGACCUUUAGCAACGAGUGAUUCAGAAGACAAUGUGGAUGAUGAUGAACCGAUGACGAUGACUUCAAAGAACAAUAAUAAUAAUAAUUUAAAAAUUUACUACAACAAUCAUCAAAAUUCAUCAAAAAAGCCAUUUAAAAUGGAAAUUGUAGACUUUUAAUUUUUUAUCUUUCGUUUCUAAUGUUUUUGAUUAAAGUUAAUGAUAAGGACUUUUUUUUCAUUCUCUAUUUCAUCAUUAAGGAGCCGUUCACUUAUUACGUUCGCAUUUUAGGGGGGAGGGGGGGUUUGAAAAAUUGUAACAAAAUGUAACAUAGGGGGGGGGGUGUCAAGAAG